AGGCUGUAAACAUAAGGCCGCAGCAGUAAAAGGCUGCAGAGAAAGAAGUGUUUUCUCUGUAAAUCUCAGUGUUUCCAGAGAAAAUAUGUCAGGCAGAGAUCCCUUCCCGUCUCCCAAGUUUGAGAACGGCUUCAGCCUGAGCGGCUUCAGGCCGCAGCAGAGAAAACCCUUCGAUAAACCGACUCAUCUCGCCCAGAUGGAGGAACCCUGGAGCCGCCUCCACGACGCAGCCACUCUGUCCAGCAGCCAGCGGAGCGUGGCGUCCGACGAGCAGCAGCCCCAGGUUCCCAGAGACAGCCUGGACUUCCAGCUGAGCUCCAUCUACGACCACCACAGCAACUUCUUCUGGAGCAAGAGCCAGAUGCUGUACCAGAGGGACACCGUCUCCGAGGACGGCGGGAAAGAGAGAACCCCGGAGAGGCGGGACGAGACCAAACAGCAAGGGGACAUCAGAGUGUGGGUGGACCCCCAGAGGUGCUCCAUUUACAGCAUCAAGUGA